AGCGCCAAGCUCAACACUUUUUACUUUGGUUAGGUGGAGGCAUGCUGCAGGGCGGUUACUGGAAAGAGGACUAAGGCUAAGAAGUCUAAGUCUACAAAUCUGGAGAAAUGAGGGGCUUUGAUCGAUCAGACUAGAUGUCAAGAGAAAAUUCAAAAGAACCACAGAAAUAAACCAGCACUGCUUGAAGUGAUUACGCCACGAAGGACUAAAAGCAAAGGGGAGGCAAAACAAACCAGCAGCUGUUUAAAAGGAACGGGACAACCAGCAGUGACCAGCUUCCUCAGUGUCCGCUCCUGAAAUUCCUCAGUGAUUUCCUUGAGCAUGUGUCAGAAAGGGAGGUCAACAGAUGAGCAAAGAUGAACCCUUAUGUCACGUCUCACUUCAGGAGGGAUCUUUUCCCCCACUUUCAUUUGUUGUAGACUUUUCUCUUCUCUUAACACUUAUGAUUUCAUUUUUUCUACAUUUACAAAGUUGUACCACUACCUGCUAUUUAUUUACUUAUUGCUGUUUUUUGUACUUGAAAUGUUUUAGCUGCAGUUUUUCUUUUGCAGUUCCUAAAUUAUUUGAUUUUGCACACUAUUCCUCAACACUACUGACAGUAGCCAGGCAUGGUAAAUAUGUGCAUACUUUUUCUUUUAGUUAACCCUAUAAUCACACACUUUGGAAAACUAGAAAACUUUAACAUAUUGAACACUUACUAGUUCACUUUUAGACCUAUUAUCAAUUGUGUUAUUUGUCAGGACAUUGUUAUCUUUGUUUUCAAGUAUCUCUGAUGCUAAAUUAGCCCUUUUGUGCUUUGGUUAAACCAGGUGGCUGACUGACAGCCUCAAAUCCGUCAAGGUAGUUGCACAUUUUAUCACCUUUUUUUUUUACAGCAGGCUCCACUUUUAGUGACUCUUCAAGCUGACAUGAAAAAUGCAGGAAAUGUUUAUCUCCUUAAAAAGCUGCUGACAUAAAACUCAUAACGUUACUCCCCUUCGAGGUAGAUAAUGUUUUACCGUGGUUGUCUUCCUCUCCUGUUCUCUUUUGUCCGCUUUAGGUGGUCACUGCUGUAGCAGGGGCUCUGACACGCUGUCACAGGUAAUUGGGUAUACCCAAUUACAUAUACAUAUGUAAAGUAAUAGUCCAUGCGACAAAUUCCCCAUGGGUAUCAGAUAGAUAGACAGACAUUUGAAAGGAAAAUGCGCAAUUGUUAAAGCUGUAACAUGAUGCAACAGCAAAUGUCAGUCAAAAUAUGGUUAUUUUGCAUUGCUCACAGUGCAGAUGUGUCAAUUUCUAGACUCUCCAUAGUAACAGACAUCUGUUAAAUAUCGAUAAUCAUAUGUGUGAUAUGCAUGAACCCUAGUUACAUAUUUCUUUUUAUUUCCUCAUGCUCAAAGGGCUUUUAAACUGAGAGGAGCUUCAUCGUAAGAGUUUGCACGUUUUUUUUCUGUUGUUUUGGCAUGUUAGAAAUUAUUUGAAAUGUUGUACUGUUGGUUUUGUCUGUAAUGUAAGUUAUUUUUUUUUUCUUAUUUGCAAUGUAAGAAAAGAAAUAGUGUCAUGAGCUAGACUUCCUUGAGAUGUUUCCAUUCUCCUGAUCUGCUGGCUACUGAUAAUGUCAUUAGAGAUUUGUUUUUUUAGACUAAGUACCAAAAGACUUUCCUUGAAUUCCUCUCGUUAUUUUUGAACUGAACAGUCCUGCAUGUUCCUGUUGUGAAUGCUGAUGUCAUUCCUGCCCUUUCUCGAAUGAACUUUCAUGCAGCCUCUUUGUGUUCACCCCACGUUGUUUAUGUGCUUCUGUAUGAUUUAAGUUGAGUUUUGAAUAUGAAUCCAUUCAAGUCUAUCAAGAAGCCCACUUUAUUUGCUGAAGGACUUAUAACUGAACACCAAGACUGUAGUGGAAUUGGAAUUACAAGCUGGGAGAUUAAAGGAAACCACUGGAAAAAGAAGAUGUCCUCUGGUUGAACCUGCUGCUGUAUCAUUCAGACAGACUGGGAGGACUGUGCUGGUUACACAACGCAGCUUUGCUGACUGUAUCAAGGUACAUUUUUUGCUGUUGAGCCAGAGAAAUACAGAUUUGAUUGUAAAUGAUGGGAGCAGCACGUGUCAAACGCCGUUUCAGUGCUGUGGUGGAUGGGCCAGUUGAGGAGGAGGAAGUCAUGAGGCUGGCAACAAGUGCUGCAGACUCACCGAGGGCUGGGGGGAGCCCGACAGGGUCAGGGACUCCAACCAGCUCGUCCCCAACACUUGCUCUCAAUGGCAUAGUUCUGUCUCUUCAGAGCAACACCAACAAUGCACGGAAACAGAGCACCAUUGAGGAAUCAGCUGAAGAAAUUGCAGGGGGAGAAGGUGGAGUGAGAGCAGGGAGAGUGCGCCUGGGGAAAACGAGUGCAAAGGGCAGGGGGGCAGGAGGGAGAGGGGAAGGCUGUUCUUCAUCAGAGCAGGAUUCACUUUCUUCCCCCUCCACCACCAGCCGCCGCCGGUGCAAGCGCUCAAGCCGCAGGCCCCAAAAACGCUUUGUGGGCAAGGACGGACGCUGCAACGUCACCUUUGUCAACAUGAGCGAGCGGGGCCAGCGGUACCUCAGUGACCUCUUCACCACGUGUGUUGACAUUCGCUGGCGCUGGAUGCUGGUCAUCUUCACCCUCUCCUUCAUUCUCUCCUGGCUGCUUUUUGGCUUUGCCUUCUGGCUUAUUGCUUCUGCACAUGGGGACCUCUCCAUCAGGCUCAACCCCAAUCCAGGAUCUCCGGUGGGAUCAGGAGAAGCUGGCUCUGGAGGAGGGUCUGGUGGAGAGGCGGUGGUGGAGGAGCCAUGCUUCCUUCAGGUUAACAGCUUCUUGGCGGCCUUCCUAUUUUCCUUGGAGACGCAGACAUCCAUUGGUUACGGAUUCAGAAGCGUGACCGAAGAAUGUCCCCUGGCGGUGUUGGCGGUCGUUUUGCAGUGCAUUGUGGGCUGCAUUAUUGACGCCUUCAUCAUCGGGGCAGUCAUGGCAAAGAUUGCCAAGCCCAAGAAGCGCAACGAGACCCUGGUGUUCUCUGAGACCGCUGUGGUGGCCCAGAGGGACGGCAAACUCUGUAUGAUGUGGAGGGUCGGAAACCUGCGCAAAAGCCACCUGGUGGAGGCUCACGUCAGAGCUCAACUCCUGAAGCCAAGGGUUACACCAGAGGGAGAGUUCCUCCCGUUGGAUAACGCAGACAUCAACAUUGGCUUUGACACCGGUACCGACCGCAUCUUCCUGGUGUCUCCUGUGACUAUUGUCCACGAAAUCAAUGAAGAGUCUCCUUUUUUUGAGAUGGAUAAAAAUACUCUGGAAAAGGACUCUGAGUUGGAGGUGGUGGUCAUACUAGAGGGCAUGGUAGAGGCCACAGCCAUGACCACGCAGUGCCGCAGCUCCUAUCUGGCAUCUGAAAUCCUCUGGGGGCACCGCUUUGAACCAGUGCUCUUCGAGAAAAAAGACUGCUACCAGGUGGACUACUCAUUUUUCCAUCGGACAUAUGAAGUCCCAAACACACCUUCAUGCAGUGCAAAAGAGCUGGAGGAGCAGACAUACAUUGAAGGUUCAGGGUCAUCUUUUUGUUAUGAAAAUGAAGUGGCCCUGCAGCGUAUCUCUAAUGAUGAACUAGAUCAGAAUCCAGAACGGCCAUCACUGGCCGAACAUCUUCACCACAACUGAACCACGAAACUGGAAGGCUUUGAGAAAGAGACUGACAGGAAGCUGACUGGAGGCUCUACAGGAUAAGAACACAUAGGUGCUUUUGAUAAAAUUGCAAACAGAGAGAAACAGCUUUACAAUGAUAUAGUAUGAAGUUUGUCAAAAAUCUCACAAUAAAAAAUAAUAAAAAGAAGGGUAAGCACUGAUGAGGCAAUUGUGUGCACGUCAAAAACAGGUUAAAGAAAUGGACAGAGAUUGAAACUGUGAGAGGAGCUUGGUCUUUACUCUGACCUAGUUGUCUGAUUGGUCCUGGCAGUCUUUCAUUAUCAUUGAAAACCUGUCUGCUACAUCUCCCAUGAUCUGCCCCAUCUCCACCACAGCACUCUGAUUUGGCUCUAAUGACACGCAGCAGCACCACACUGUGGUUACGAGUUGUUACUGCCCUGCAGCUUGUUUUUUUGUUUUUUGUUUGUUUGUCUGAAGAAAGCCAAACGUGUCCAAGGUGACCUCUGGAUGUAGGUAACAGUAAUACUCAGGAACGACUUUGCUUUAUGAAGCUCACCUAUCACAACAUAUAUAUUUUUUUGAUAUGGUAAGUAUAGAAACUUUUUGUCACUCUUUAGAAUUGUUAGGAAUAAAAUUUGCUGUUUGAAUCAAAGGAAAACAACAAAAAAUAGGGAAACUGCUGAAAACUAGCAGCAGUUUUCAGCAGUUUCCUUCGUAUUGUGACCUGUUUUUUGUUUGUUUUUUGGCUUUCAAAAAUGUACAGUUUUUUUUAUCUUCAAUCGAAAGGUUUAAGUUGAGAGGACGAUAUGUGAUAGGUUAGAAAUCACAUGGGGAUAAAUAUGUUGUGUGUGUGCAGAUAAUGUCUCUACUUGUUUUAUCUCAUUUUAUGUUUAAAAAAUCCACUAUACAUGCAUGUUGUCCUGUAAUGUUAGAACAUUUGCUAAUUGUGUCUCUUUCAAGCUUCUUGGCACUUUUGUGAUACAGACUGACUCUAAGGCAGUAGGAGAUGCUCUUGUUGUCCCUGUACAUGCACUAAAGACUUUCAUUUCCUUCAAAUUGUUUGGACUAAAAAAUACUUUUUCUAAUGAUGGCUUUGUGUAAUUAUUAAACAACUCUUCUUCAAUUGUGCAAGUGGAGAAAAAAUGAUGAUGAAGAUGCAACAUUUUUUGUUGUUGAAGGAUUUUACUCGUUGACCUGAAAAUAUCGCAGACAGCUUUGUUCUCAAAACGAGAGAUAAUUCUUAGGUGGUGCCUUCACAAGAGAUUGGAUUUUGCAAGUGACCCCUUCAUUGACUUUUGGUAAUUCCACAUUUAUUGGUUGCUUUCAUGGUUCAUAUGUCAUGCAAGAGUGUAUUUUUUUUCUUUUUGCUCACUUUACCAUUUGUGGUAUUAAAAGAUUUUCUUUGGAUCUGUUAAGUGUAUUAGAAGUCUGUCUGUGGACAUGCAUCAGUGACAACAAAAAUAGUUUCUAUUUGUGUGUAAUUAAUUAAAACAUGUAUUUUUGCAGAAUAUGGUGAUGAAGAAUGUUUAAAGCAGCAUGAAACAUGCAACUCGUUACCUGUUGACUGAUCAUAAACCUGUCCUACACGCAUCUUGAGAGCCUGCUCUUUGUACUUUGCACAAACAUAAAAUAUAGGGGCUAUUAUCAUGUGAGGCUCUAAAACAGCACAAAGUAUUAGCAAAAGUUGUCUUUAGUUGAUCAGUUGCUUUGGCUUUGUUGUGUUAUUAAAGAAAAUCCAAUAACCUCAGGUGGAA